GGUGAUAAAAUUGAGAUUGGAUUUAAUUUUACUUUGAUUUUGGACCUUUUGGUUCUUAUGAUUUUAAGUUUGGGUUGAGUUGAUUAAUGAUUACUUGAAUUCUGUUUGCUUAAUAUGUUUUUCGUUUGUUGCAGACGUGCAGUUGGGAGAAGAACGGAAAUAGUUAAGGGAGAGAAGAAGUGAAGAAGCAAGAUUUUUCCAUCCACUGAUUAUAUUGCAUCGCUUACAUAUGCUUGGAGGACAACAUUCACAUUGACUUAACAAGUUGCCUCGCAAAUUUAAAGCUCUCCAACUUUGAAUCUAAAACAUCAUCAAUUGGCAAUUAAAUGGAAGAAGUGAAGCUCCUAGGAUUUUGGCCAAGCCCCUUUGUUUAUAGAGUGAUAUGGGCUCUCAAACUAAAGGGUGUGGAAUUUGAGUAUAUAGAAGAAGACCUUUCCAACAAGAGUGAGCUGCUACUGCGGUACAACCCAGUUUUCAAAAAAGUCCCGGUGCUUAUCCAUGGCGGGAAAGCAAUUUCUGAAUCGCUUGUCAUCCUUGAAUACAUUGAAGAGACUUGGCCACAGAAUCCCUUGCUUCCAAAAGAUCCACAUGAAAAAGCCUUGGCUCGAUUCUGGAUUCAAUACACUGAUAAGAUGAGGCCCAUUCAUCGCGCAUAUAUCUCAGCUAUUGGAGAAGAACGUGAAAAGGCAGCAAAACAGUUUCAAGAAGUUCUGAAAGUUCUGGAAGAUCAAUACCUCAGGGACCAGAAGUUCUUUGGUGGUGAAACUGUUGGUAUGGUGGAUUUAGUAUAUGGAAUGCUAGCUUACUGGUUCGACUGCAUGGGAGAAGCCGUGGGGGUGAAAGUUGUCGAACCCAGCAUUUUGCCUGGCUUACAUGCAUGGGUUAGCAACAUGAAACAAGAGUCAGUGAUUAAAGACAACCUUCCGCAUCCUGGAAAAAUGCUUGCCUAUUACAAAACUAUGAGAGAGAAGUUGGUUUUAGCCCGUAGUUCUACCCAGUAAUCACUAGUUUGGUGCUUUAGGUUAUAUAUCAAUAUCUAAAAUAUUCUGCGAUCUUCUAUAUAAUAGUCUUUGUUAUCUG